UGAAGGAGGGCUGACAGAGCGCUUGGGUCUGUGCCGGGUCCGGAUGAAACGGGCUGUCCCUACGCGGGAGCGAUGGUGCGCUGAAUCGUAACCUAGCCACGCAAACGGGGGUUGGAUCUCAUCCUGAAUCGCAAAUAUACUGUAUAACCAAGGUUAAAUUGAACCAAGUUUGGCCAAGCCAUGUUGAAGAUGCUGAACCCCAUGGCAUUGGAAGAGGAGGCAAAUAAAAAGCUCACAGAAUUUCUCCAAAAUGUCCAUAAUAGAGAUUUUGUAUGGAUGGAUGAGAUUCUUGAAGAGGCUAUCAAGAUGUUCAAGAAUAGCAGCUUUGAUGGAGAACCAGAGCUGAUGCCAAAAACACCAUCUCAGAAAAAUCGUGGUAAAAAGAAAUGUCUCUCUUCUGCUAAGAAUGAUCAAUUUGCCACAAAGAGAUUGUCAAAAAGAAGCAGUGCCCGGACGAGGGCUUCAAAGAGGAUUUCCCAAAAUGUCCAGCACAAAAAAGAACUGGAAAUUCUGAAAGCUGGACUAGAGAACGCCUCUCCUUGUCUUCGUGUAACUAGAUCACAGGAUGUUGGUUCUUCCAGCCCCCCCUCAGUUGCUGCUGUUAAGAAUCCGGUUGUUGAUUUAGCCAAAGGGAGGAUACCACUGGUAGAAAUUAGUGCCAAUGAGAGGCGCAGUGCAGAAUUGCAGAUGGAAAAAACACCACCUCAAACAGCAAAGAUUGCCUUAAGCCAUACAUUGUCUUCAUCACCUGUUAAGAGAUCACAAACCUUGUCUAAAGCUUCUGUGCUCGUGAUCCCAGACACUCCUGAGGAAAAAAUAUCAAAAGAGGGACGGGCAGCAUGUAAGCUGAAGAUAGCAAAUGUGCCUCUCUCCGAAACUAUUGAAAAUGAAGAGUCCAGUGCUCAAAAAUUACAUCCACAGCAACAAGAAAAUGAGCCACUAUCUGAACCCAAAGCCACUCUGGACUUAAGUGAGGGUUCAGAAACACCUACUGCCCCUAAAGGAAGCCGUCGAUCAGUGCGCCGAAGCCUGAUGGGCAGAGCCUCCACAAGCUGUAGAGCCUCUCUGGCCAAGAGAUGCUCACUAAGCACCAAAAGGGAACAAAUAGUCCUGAGACGCAGUGGCAGGACUGUGUCCAAGCAGCAAUUGAUCCAGCAGUCAUCUGUUCAUAGGAAUGUAAAGACUCAGGCUGUAAUGGAGGAAUUUCUAGAUAAAGAAAGUACUGAAUCUGGAGCAAAGUUAGAUUCUAUGUCUCAUUCUCAGGAGGUUGAUGAAAAUCUCAGGAAAUCUCUUUGUUCUAACAAGACUUGCAUGCCAGAAACUCUCCAAUCCCAAGAAAAACAGCACAAAGGAGGCUGGGACGAAGGCAGCUCUGAAAUGAGUGAUAAGUUACAAAAGCAGCCUCACAGUGCCCGGAGAAAGCCAAGCUAUAAGAGAGCAGUUAGUGAUAGAGAUGAUGAACAUGACACAGAAGAUGAGCUCUCUCCACCAAGAAAAAAGACUCCAUCUCCUCAGUGCCCUGCCAGCAAGGUCGUACGUCCUUUCAAAACAUUCUUGCACACAGUGCAGAAGAACCAGAUGCUGAUGAUGACUCCUAGCUCCGUGAGUCGAAACAGCACUAUAAAAUCGUUCCUCAGACAGAACGCUCCCCUCCGCACCACUCCCAAGGAAAAGGAGAGGCAGCGGUUAGAGAAUCUGAGAAAGAAAGAAGAGGCUGAGCAACAAAGAAAAAGGAAAAUGGAGGAGGAAAAAAGACGGAGACUAGAAGAGAUGAAGCGAAAACGUGAAGAGCGCCUCCGUAAGGUGUUGCAGGCUCGGGAGCGAGUAGAGCAGUUAGAAGAGGAGAAGAAAAAACGAAUUGAACAGAAAUUUGCUCAACAUGAAGAGAAGAACGAGAAGGUCCGAGAGGAAAAAAUGGCAGAGGACAAAAUUAAGAAAAGGGCAGCUACCAAGAGGCUGGAAGAGCUGGAAGCCCGGCGCAAGCAAGAGGAAGAUGCCCGGAAACAGAGAGCAUUGCAGCUGGAGGAGGAAGAACGUAGACAUAAGGAACUGAUGCAGAAGAAAAAAGAGGAAGAACAAGAGAAAGCAAGGAAGAUUGCAGAACAACGCCAGGCUGAGCUGGAAAGAGAAAAAAAACUGUCUGCUGAGAGAGAACUGGAGAAGAAGCGAGAGCAGGAAAAGAUCCAGGCACAGCGGGAGCGUGAACAGCAAGAGAAAGAAAAGGCUGCUCGCUUGCAGAGAGAGGUUUUACAAGCAGCUAAAGAAAAGGAGAGGCUCAGGAAAGAAAUGGAGGAAAAAGAGAGGAAGUUGCAGGAACAACGGAAGCAAGAAGAGGAACUGCAGAAAACAACUUCAGAGCCUCAGGCAAAGGUUGCUAAUAAACAACUGAAUGUGACCGUGAAUGUUGAGAACUCGCCUGUCUGUAAUUCAUAUCAGAUGACACCUCAAGGCCCCAAACAACCCAAGAUUGAUUUAAAUAAUUAUGGGAUGGAUUUGAACAGUGAUGAUUCAACAGAUGAUGAGAGCCAGCCCCGCAAACCCAUCCCUGCUUGGGCUACUGGAAAUCAACUAAGCCAAGCGAUCUUGCACCAAUAUUAUAACCCACCAAACACCAAAGCACUCUUUGGAGUGGUGAAGAGUCCCAGGUUAGAAGAAAUCUUCUAUAAGAGCAAGCCGCGUUAUUUCAAGCGCACUAGCUCUGCAGUGUGGAAUUCCCCACCUUUUCCAGGUGGCAAAUCUGUCCCUUCUGCUUUCAAGAGGUGCUGAUGCCUGUUCAGUCUAGUCUAAUGUGUGUCUGGUUCUGUUUGUCAAAGGAGAAAAUGUAUUGCUUUUUAAUGUGUGCACUCUUUUUUUCUUUUAUCAAUAUUAAUAAAUAUAAUGUUCCCAUAAUGAAGUUGCUGUCUCUGCUCACGGUGCCUAAGUAAUCUGCUAGGAUUGGCAACAAUAUUAUAAUAACCCUAUUGUUAUAUAUGACAGCUGUUAGGGACCUAUGUGUAGAAAGUAAGGGAGCUGACCUUGACAGAAAUAUAUAAGAACUGUUACUUAGGCAAAGAGGGCUGGAACAUUACUUAAGCCCUGGGAAGCAAAAUAGUGUUUGGAAACAGCUCAGAGAAAUGUUUGCCUGAUUCACUGAGAUAUAAGUAGGAGGGGAGGUACAGUACAGUCAGACAUGCAAGCUUCUGUUAUUAUAGCCAAUCUCAAUAAAGUAUGUUAUUUUCUGGCCUGUUCUCCCUAGUGGGGCUGAUACUAUGUGAUGGUGUAGGUGGCAUGUAAGACUAAGAAUAAGGACAUGUAAGGACAAAUCUUCACUUGACAUUGAGUGACCUUGGGUGAUUGCACACUCAUUCUAACCUAUCAUUAGAUUACUAUGAUGGGACGAAUCAAGCCCUUGAGGGAAGGGAGAUAGAAAUGCACUAUGAAGCAUGCCUAAGGUCAUAUAUUUAAUUUCUUUACAUUUCCAGUUAUUUAAAAGAUCAGGUAGCAGACAAUGGGAGGUAAAUGUCUCUUGGAUGUAUUUUUGAGCUUUAUUGUUAGAGAUGGUAGAGAAUGCAACUGUGAUAAAGGGGCUUAGUUUUCAGUACAGCUGUGCAUAGGAUUGGCUGAUAUUAAUCCCUAGUUUCCUUAAUAAAUUCUGCCAGUCCUUUGAUUACUUUGUCCUAUAAUAUAUUUGCCUCAGUAAAGUUGCCCCUUCUUCACCUUCAUUCUAAGGCACAAACCAUAGUUACGAAUCAAUAACUGGUUUCAUACAAAAUGCUGUAUUUUCAUACCAUACAAAUAAAACAA